ACUCAACACCAGCAUCGAACUUCUUUCCCAUUUCGUCAUCCUCAUCGCAUAGGGCCAGAUAUCUCAAGUCAUUAUCUGAGUUGCCCUAUGCUCAAACGGACUUUCAUCUGAUUCAUCACACGCCGAAAAGCAAUCACAAGAACUUUCUAUACGCAACCUCCGAGUCGCAUCGCCAUGAGCAUCGACAUUCAAACCACGACCCAACAGGGCGUGCGCAUCGCCGUCGAGGGUUGUGGCCACGGCACACUCAACGCCAUUUACGCCGCCACAGAAAAGUCCGCCAAGGAACGCGGAUGGGAUGGCGUCGACCUCCUCAUCAUCGGAGGCGAUUUCCAAGCCGUCCGCAAUGCCGCUGAUCUGAACGCCAUGUCCGUACCCAAGAAGUAUCGCGAGCUUGGAGAUUUCCACGAGUAUUACAGCGGCGUGCGCAAGGCGCCAUACCUCACCAUCUUCGUCGCCGGCAACCACGAAGCCGCUUCUCACUUAUGGGAGCUUUACUACGGCGGCUGGGUGUGCCCUAACAUCUACUACAUGGGCGCCGCCAACGUUCUUCGGUUGGGCCCCCUGCGUAUUGCCGGAAUGAGCGGUAUCUGGAAGGGGUACAACUACCGAAAGGCGCAUCACGAACACCUGCCCUUCAACGACGACGACGUGAAGAGCUUCUAUCACGUCCGUGAGAUCGACGUGCGCAAGCUACUUCAGCUGCAAACUCAGGUGGAUAUUUGUAUCAGCCAUGACUGGCCAAGGGCGAUUGAGAAGCAUGGAAACACGAAACAUCUCUGGAAUAUGAAGCCCGAUUUCGAGAGGGAGUCGGCUGAUGGAUCGCUGGGGAAUCAGGCGGCGGAGUAUGUGAUGGAUCGGUUGAGGCCACCGUAUUGGUUUUCGGCGCAUUUGCAUUGCAAGUACUCGGCUAUCAAGACAUACGAUCCGCCGAAGGAGGCGGUGGCAGAUGAAGGAGAGACAACGGAAAAGGUCGCGGCAGAGGAAACAUCCGUUGCUCAGCCCCAAGAGCCACAACCUGCGCCAGCGACAGCGAACCCUGACGAGAUCGAUCUUGAUAUGGAGGACGAACCCGCGCCAGCACCCCAGCAAGCGGCACCACCCGCAGCGACCUCAAACCCUGAUGAGAUCGAUCUCGAUCUAGACGACGAGGAGAAGCCAGUAACAGCACCCUCUCAACCCGCUGCUUCAUCAACACCUGCCGCCACCACCGAAGAAGACCCAACCGAAGCCCUCCGCUCCCUCCUCCCGGCGUCCUUUUCGAAUCCCAACCCCCAAGCUUCUUAUAACGCUCAACCCCACGGUGGUAACAACAACAAAACCAAACCCGGCCAACCAGUUCCCCCAACAAUUACCAACACGACUGUCCGCUUCCUCUCCCUCGACAAAUGUCUUCCCGGCCGCAAAUUCCUCCAACUGGCCGAGAUCGAGCCCAUUAACCCUUCAGACGAAGAAUUGCAACGCCCCCUCCGCCUCUCCUACGACCCAGAAUGGCUCUCCAUAACCCUCGCCUUCCACCCUCUCCUCCGCUCCGCCGUCGGCAAACAUUGCCCUUCGGACCCCAACACCCCCAUACCCGUCGACCUCGGUGAAGCCGGUUACCGCCCUUUGAUUGAGGAAGCGAGGAAAUGGGUAGAUGAACACAUCACGGGAGAGAAACUGUUGGUGCCGGAGAAUUUCGUGCAAACUGCGCCGCCGAUUGACUUGGUCAACAGGCCGGAAACGGGAAAUAUGACGGAUGAGAUGCCGGUGGAGUAUACGAAUCCGCAUACCGCGGAGUUUUGCAAGUUGUUAGGGUUGGAGAAUUAUUGGGAUGCUAGUGAGGAGGAGAGGGAGGGGAGGAGGGUGCAGGGACCGAGGCCGGCUCAGGAAAGGUUUGGUGGAAGGGGUGGUGGAGGACAUGGACAUGGAGGACAUAGAGGUGGUGGACGUGGUGGUGGUGGGGGAUGGAGGGGCGGAAGAGGUGGAAGAGGUGGAGGAAGGGGAGGUGGUGGUAGGGGUAGGGGUCGGGGACGUGGUGGAUGGUGA